AUGUCCUCUCCCGUAGACUCCGUGGCGGACCCGGACCAGUACACGCUCCGCAAGACUCCCUUCCGACUUCACGUUACGCCGUUCGGCGAGAUCCUCAACAAAAAGUACGACGGUGCCGGCACCAAGGAUGACCCCUAUCUGGUAGAGUGGCUGCCUAGCGACGCCGAGAAUCCGCAAAACUGGCCCGCCUACUACAAAUGGCUGCUCACCAUCCAGGUCGCCAUCGCCACCCUCUCGGUCGCGUUAGCCUCGAGUGCCUACUCGGGGGCUGUCGAAUCCUUGCAGGCGCAGUUCCAUCCGUCCAAACAGAUCAUCCUCACCCUCGGCGUUUCGCUCUUUGUGCUCGGCUUCGCCUUCGGCCCCCUCUUUUGGGCACCCUUCUCCGAGGUCGUCGGUCGUCGAAACCUCUUGAUCUUCACCUAUGCCGUCUUCACCAUGUGGCAGGCCGUCUCGAUCGCCUCGCCCAACAUCGAAUCGCUCAUCGUCUUCCGCUUCCUUUCGGGCUUCUUUGGUUCUAGCCCGCUCGUCAACACCGGCGGUACGCUCGCCGACAUGUUCAACGCGAACCAGCGUGGCCUCGCCAUGGCCAUCUUUGCCAGCGCGCCCUUCCUCGGCCCCGCGCUCGGCCCCAUCACCGGCGGCUUCCUCGGCGAGUCGGCCGGCUGGAAGUGGGUCAUCGGCUUCCUCGCCAUCUUCGCUGCGAUCAUCACCGUCCUGGGUGCCAUCUCCAUGCCCGAGACCUACGCUCCCGUUCUCCUACGAUGGCGCGCCCGGAAGCUCAGCGAGGUCACCGGUCGCCACUACAUCUGCAAGCUCGACAAGGGUCGCGACCUUCGCCUCAAGACCCAGUUCAAGGUGGCCCUUAGCCGUCCCUGGCUCUUGCUCUUCUACGAGCCCAUCGUUAGCCUGUUAAGUUUGUACAUUGCGGUCAUAUACGGUGUGCUCUACGGACUCUUCGCCGCUUUCCCCAUUGUCUUCCAAAAAGGCCGAGGAUGGAGCCCAGGCAUCGGCGGACUCGCUUUCCUUGGUGUCUUGGUCGGUAUGCUCAUCGCGCUCGCCUAUAUCAUCUUUUUCGAGAACCCGAGGUACAUCCGGAUCGCGAACAAAUUCGGUGGAAUUGCCCCACCCGAAACCCGACUCGUCCCCGCCAUGAUUGGCGCCGUGGCCAUUGUAAUUGGUCUCGCCAUCUUUGCCGCCACUGACAGCCCAGACCUCCCGUGGAUCGCGCCCAUCAUCGGCGGCGGUCCGUUCGGUCUCGGCAUGGUUCUCAUCUUCUUGUCGACCAUGUCCUAUCUCACCGACGCCUAUCUGAUCUACGCCGCCUCGGUACUCGCAUCCAACAGCGUGAUCCGUUCGCUGUUCGGCUUCGCCUUCCCGCUCUUCACCUCGGACAUGUACCAGAUCGGCGGAAAGAACGGCAUCCACUGGGGUCCGGCUAUCGCGGGCCUGCUCGCGCUGAUCUGCCUGCCCUUCCCCUUCAUCUUCUACAAGUACGGCGCGCACAUCCGCGAGCGCUGCAAGUACGCCUCGGAGGCCAAGCAGAUGCUCGAGCAGAUGCAGUCUUCGUCCAAGGCCAAGCAGCCCGCCCAGGCUGUCAAGCACGACGACGUCGACCUCGAGGGCGGCGAGAAGACGGCGCGCACCGACAGCAACUCGGACAGCGCCAAGGCGGCCACCACCACCCGCCCCAGCCUCGAGGUGGACCCCAGCACCCAGGCGCAUACCCCGGACAACGAGUCGCACUCGGGCUCCGAAAGUUCGCAUCACGGCACGCGCUGA